AUGUCUACGGCGUCCUCCGACAUUGAGCGUUCUCAAGAUAGGGAGCUCCCUUUGAUGAAAUUGUACUCAUCCAAGAAGACGCCGUUGGCUUUCAUGGCACCGUGGUUGACGGUUGAUGGAAAACCUGAAAUGACUUUCCCUCCGCCAGAAGAGCCCCACAGCAGCCUCUCCGUCGAUUCAGUUCGAAGACUGUCGAUUUUAUCCAGUCUGAAUAUGCCCAAUCAGAAGGGGACCGAUUUGGACAUUGAUACCAUUCCUGAUCUAGGAGCAGAAGGUCCGAAAGCUGCCCCUCCACGAAGGGUUGGAUUCCUGCGUAGAAUCUUGGACAUGAUUUUGUGGCGCAGUGACAAAAAACCACCGAAGAGAAAACAUGAGGAAGUUGAGGAGGUCAAGAGAUUCGCAGGUUCGACCUUAGUCGACGUCAUCUUCCCCGAAUUCAAUUCGGGGGGAAUUCUAGAACACUAG